GUUUGUUUUUUUCCGCUGGGACUGGAGGCUUGCGCGAGUUAACUCACUCUGUACUUUUCCACUACCGGCGGCUUCUCUUGGCAUCUGGCCACCGUGUGCUCAGACUCUCCCUCUCGGCUUUGGUACAGUCCGACCCGCGUCACUCACUCACUCGCUCGCUCCCUCCCCACCGUUUUAAUUGAGAGGCAGCCAAAGAGUGAAGCUGAUAGGCCUUAGUUGAGGUGAUCAGAUUAUCCGUACUUGCAGACUCCGGGGUGAGGGGACACACAAAUAAUCCUGAGCUUUUUCUCACAAUAAUAUAGCCUCCUUAAACAACAUGUGCGGAAUCCACUCAGUUAUGUAAAACUCUAAGUGAUUCCAUAUGUUAGAGUGGACACAUCUGGAUGACAUUGUCCUAUAGGAUACACUAUGCUUAGGGUUUGCUCCCUUGUUGACACUCUCAGCCUGCGUGCCACGAGAUGUCCAAGUAUGUUAUUGCACAACGUAUGUGCAAAUAGUACAAUAGUACUCUUUCAGUAAGUGGUAAAGAACUUUUUUUAUUUUUCAAUUUUCUCCUGUUUUUGACGGAACUACGGUUUGAGGCGCGGCGAUGACGCGCUGGGGGCGCAACGGCAUGUGAUUGUUCCAGGACUGGAUCGCUCUUCCCCGCGUCGUCCAUUCAGCGGCAUGAAAUGUCUGCAUAGGGCCACGCCCACCGCGGAUUGUGGGCGUGCGCUGCGCCCCCUCCUCCUUUCCCCACCUCCUUCCCCUCCGGGCCUUUUAUAAAGCGAGGGCCAAAUGCGUAAUAGUUAUAUUUUGGCUUUAGGCAGUUGAUGAGUGCAGAGCUGCUCUUGAACUCAUCACAUCAUGACGGUCAAAACGCAAACGGAAAAGUCAGUCCUCACUUACUCCAAGUGUAGAGGACUAGUGGGAUUAGUCACCGCUUUCAUGAAACAGAGGAAAAUGGGUCUGAACGACUUCAUUCAGAAGCUUGCCACCAACUCCUACUCCUGCAAGCAUCCAGAGGUUCAGUCUAUUCUGAACUUAAAUCCACCUCAGGAUGCUGAGCUCAUGAAUGCAAACCCCUCUCCUCCUCCCAGUCCAUCCCAGCAGAUAAACCUCGGUCCCUCCUCCAACCCUUCAGCCAAACCCAACGACUUCCACUUCCUCAAGGUGAUCGGCAAAGGCAGCUUCGGCAAAGUCCUGCUGGCACAUCACCGCACAGAUGACCAGUUCUACGCUGUCAAAGUCUUACAGAAGAAGGCCAUUCUCAAGAAGAAGGAGGAAAAACACAUCAUGUCAGAGAGGAAUGUACUGCUAAAGAAUGUCAAGCAUCCAUUCUUGGUCGGCCUGCACUACUCUUUCCAAACAACAGACAAACUCUACUUUGUCUUGGACUACAUCAAUGGUGGAGAGUUGUUCUACCACCUCCAGAGAGAGCGCUUCUUCCUCGAGCCCAGGGCCAGGUUCUACGCUGCAGAGAUCGCCAGCGCCCUCGGCUACCUCCACUCUCUGAACAUUGUCUACAGAGACCUGAAGCCAGAGAACAUCCUGCUGGACUCACAGGGACACAUCAUCCUCACAGACUUCGGCCUGUGCAAGGAGAACAUUGAACCCAACGGGACCACGUCGACCUUCUGUGGCACACCAGAGUACUUAGCUCCUGAGGUGCUUCACAAGCAGCCGUACGACAGGACGGUAGACUGGUGGUGUUUAGGGGCCGUUCUCUAUGAAAUGCUCUAUGGCCUGCCUCCGUUCUACAGCCGUAACACAGCGGAGAUGUAUGACAACAUCCUGAACAAGCCACUGCAGCUGAAACCCAACAUUUCCAACGCAGCCAGACACUUGCUGGAGGGUUUGCUACAGAAGGAUCGCACCAAGAGGCUGGGCUGCGCAGAAGACUUUAUUGAAAUAAAGAACCACGUAUUCUUCUCUCCCAUCAACUGGGAUGAACUCAAUGCCAAAAAAAUCACCCCUCCCUUCAACCCCAAUGUGACUGGUCCCAAUGACCUGCGGCACUUUGAUCCAGAGUUCACUGAUGAGCCGGUGCCCAACUCCAUAGGCUGUUCUCCAGACAGUGCACUUGUCACAGCCAGCAUCAAAGAUGCUGCCGAAGCCUUCCUGGGUUUCUCCUAUGCCCCUUCUAUGGACUCCUACCUAUAGGAUUUAAACAAAGACACUUAAAAGGACAUCACUUUAGAUUUACCGGGCAUGAACUGUGUCCAUGGAUCAGCAUCAUGACCCCCACCCAACAUUUCCUGUCACGGUGAUGGAUAUUUCUUAAGCAACCCCUGCAACAACUCUGCAUCCACAAAGAACUAUAGACACGUGUACCUGCCAUAACUUCUCCAACCCUUAAACGCAUUGAAGAAGAUGAGUAGAUUCUGCCUGUGAAAUGACUUCUUGUAGUAAAUCUCCAUUUUACCAUGAUUUACUAAUGCACAAAAAAACUUUUCACAGUGGACACCGAGCAACAUCCUUCUACAGUCUCCGAUUGUUCUUCUUGAGUCUGAUAGUGGAAGUCCUUUGCACAUAGCUCAGGAAGCUUAAAAGCCCCCAUCCACCCACCCCCCACCCUUGGAGGUACAACUAACAAGCACACGCUUUCAUCUUUUUCCAUCAGAGAAAGGCUUGGCCAGUACUGUGCUGCUGACCCCGACCACGAACACACCAUCUUCUCUUUAUGUAGCGAAACAUCUCAAAUUUGAGAUCCCGUCCGUCAGAUCGGGAUCUACCUGCCAGUCGAGUCUGAAUGAGUAGUUCGGAAAAGAUUUCAUUCACCCGUUAUGGUGCUUGAGUUUUCUUCAUUUGCUUUUUGAAAGGGGAGUUGUUUGAAGCCGAAUGUUACAGAGGGGGACAUUUUAUUUUUCUCUCAAAGGUGCCUUUAUUUUCUUCUCACCGUCACAUCUUGUCACAUCUUUUGGGUUCACCCAUGUCCAACUUUAUUGUCGCUGUUUCGCGCGUUGUUUCCUUUUGUCGAGAGGAACAGUGUAGCAUUACAUGUUUUUUUAUACAGCUGUUAGGUCUUUAAGGUGAGAGACGUGGGAACUCAACUGAUGUUUCAUGUCUUCAUUUGCACAUAAAACGAUAAUGGUAAUGCCGAGAGAGCGAGAGAGAGCACUGCUGCUAUAGGUGAGAAGGAGAGUAAUGCGUCUAGAGGUGUUAAUGUAGUUCUGCUUGCCAACAGUGUCCCCCUCACAUAGUCUUCCAUUCACCUCACAGUAAUCUAAGUGGCUGUCAUUGUUGAAACUGAACAUUCCAUGUUAAUAUUGCUGUAAUGCAGUUUGAUGGUAUUUAAGUUUGUUUGUAUAUUUGGAGUUAUGUGUCCUAGUUUUAAUGUAUAUUGAACAAAAAUGACUAAAGGUAUGCUUUAAUAUAUACAUAUACAUUAUAUAUGUAUAUGUAUAUACAUAUAUAAUGUAUCAAGUCAUGUUAAAUGUACUGUAAAUUGUAAAAUUGUUUAAAAGAAUUUAAGUGACCAUGUCUUGUUUGCAAUAAAACUUUAAACUUGA